CAAAAACCAUGCUUCACUGCUUCCACCACAUAGCUAUCAUAAUCGUUGGCAUAUACCAUUGGGACAGCAAACCUGUGAAGACACUGCGCCGAAUGGGUGUGACUUAAUUCGCCGUACUCAAGCACUUGUAUCCCAGUUCUUCAAAUGGCUAUACACUCAAACCUGAACAUCCUAAUUAAUUUCGCUAUCCAUAAACCAUAGUGGCCAUUUCAUAAUCACAGAAACAGUAAACAAAUCGCCAUUCAGUGCCCAUCCUCUUUAUCAAUGAUCUGAUGAAUGAUAAUUUUGAUUCAAUCAAAUCCGUGCAGUUACCCUCUCAAUUUGAUUAUUGCAAUACUUUACCUGAAGGAAGCUUAAAUUUAGACAGUAUUUUGCAAACCCAACCAGAAGUAAGUACAAUGAAUAACUCAUUCUCUUCUUAUCGAUACUAUCCACCGACAGAAUUUACACCAGCAACUCUUCCAGUUGUUGUUAAGUGUAAACAAUAUAAUGACCUACCUAAAGAUUAUACAUUGUUGCAAACUGAUUUCCAUUCACAGCAUUACAGUAAAAGUUUAAAAACUGACAACGUAAAUGGUGAGGUAAUUGCACCAAGUAAUUCAACAUCAGAACAAGUGAAUACAUCAGGCUGUGAAGCACAAGUUAGAUGGAAUACAUCAAGUCUGUCUCCAGAGUCGAAUAUUGCAGUGGAAAAAAAUAGUCCAAAAAGCAAUAUCUAUAGGGAUUAUAGUAGUAAUAAUAACAGUAAUAGCAUUGAACCCGUAGUGCAUCAUGGACGACAGCGUAGUAUGCCUAUUUUUAUGCCAUCCUACACAAAACAUGAUACUGUAACAGAUAGACUAGAUAAUGAGAUAGCAACAGAUACAGAGAAUUCACAAGAGUCAAAACAAUUAAAUCAUCUUACACUUGUUGGUAAUUCAUCACGAUCCAUUUCCACAAAUAUCAUGAGUAACUCUACAAUUGAUACAGCAGUAGGCACACCGAUAACAGCUUUAACAACAGGCAAUCCAAGUUCUUUAAAUUUAGUUAUUGAUAUACAUUUACAUGGUCCUGCCAAUGACUUAAAUGAUAAUCGUAUGACACAAAGUUGUAUACAAGAACAAGAUUACACAAAAUCAAUAGAUGAGAAGAUAUUAAAUAAAACAAAUUGUAUUAAAUGUUCCAUGGAUGAACUUUUAACAAAUAUGGAUUAUUGUACACUAAGAUGUAAACCACAUAGGGCUAAAUCAUUGGUUGAUCAACGAAAUUCAUCUUCACCAUCAUCAUCGUAUGAUUUGAAUAAUGAAAGUAGUCGACUCAAUCACAGAUUAAGCAAAGUUUUAUGGAAUAAACAGAAUGGUCAUGUGAAUAGAAUAAAUUCAGUCGGUACAAAAUUGGACAAUGUAGAUGCAAUCAGAAUAAAAUGUUCAACUGAUAUGAAUAAUUGGGAUUCACAUUUUCAUAAUAAUCAUAGUAAAUCAGAACAAAUUAAAUCACGUUUAAGAAACCAACAGAGUCGUAACUAUUUGCCACGAGUAUAUGACCAAACAACAUUUGUGGAUCCAACUAAUGGAACAUAUGUGGAUGACUUACGCAUUCGUCGGACACCAAUGCCUCAUCAUAAACAAUUUAUCAAAAAUGUAGAAGGUAGUCCUUUAAAGUCUUCAACGAUCGAUCGGUAUUCAACUAUGCCAAACAUAAAUAACAUACCAAAAAAGUCAGAAUAUAUUGAGUCUAAUUCUGGGACAUUUUCACAAUCUGUUGAUAUUCCAUUACUGAUUAGAUUACUUCAGUCGUCGAAUCCAGAUGUUGUAUCAAAUGCAGCUGCCUAUUUGCAGCAUUUGGUUUACCGUAAUCCUGGUUUAAAAGAAAAAACAAGGAUUUCCGGUGGUAUAUCAGCAUUGGUUCAAUUGCUUUAUUCUGAUCACACACGUGUAUGCCUCAAUGCUGUAGGGGUGUUACGCAAUCUUACAUGUGGCGAUACGUUGGCUAUUAAAAAAGAGCUAGAAAGAGUUGGUGGUGUACGUGCAUUAGCUUGGUUGAUUGAAAAUCGUCAAGUUUACGGGACAACAACAGACUCCUUUAAAAAUUUAAAUUAUAGAGUAUCGAAUGAUUCUAAUAGUUAUAAUCUGAAUGGUACCGAAUAUGAUGAUCUACAUCAAGCAGUCAAAUCAAUUUUAGAAAAUGCAGCUUCUGUACUCUGUAAUUUAGCAUCAGUCAGUUGUUUAAAACGAAGUGUCUUACAAGAAGCCUUAAUUCCAAGUUUGUUAAAUGUUAUUGUUGUACCAGCUGCUGCAGAAAGUUCUGCUUAUGGAUCAAAUGAUAAUGGAGCUCAAUCAAUUAUUAACAGUAUACUCUUUCGAAUUGUUAUGUCAUUAAUUCGAAACAUAAGUAGUUCUGAAGAUGAUGAUGUCAGAGAACAAAUGCGUCAGUGUCCUCAGCUUGCAUCCAGCUUAUACAGUGUACUGCGCUUUGCAGUUGACAAUCAAUUACAUGAUAAACGAUCCAUAGAACAUUGUGUUUGUACAAUCCGUAAUUUGUGCUAUGGCUUACAACAGCAGCACCAACACCAACAUCAGCAGCAGCGCCAUGGACAAAAGCAAUCACAAUCUCAACGUUCUGUUACACCGUCAAGUCAAGAUAGUACAAAUCAACAAACAUUCCAAGAGAAGUCACGUAAUGGUUCAUUGUUCAGAAUUAAAUCAUCUAGUCUUACAAGUGGUAAAAAGUCAAAGAGAUCAGUGGAAUUCGAAGCUAAAUCCGAUUCAUCAUCAACAUCAGCGAUGAAUCAUUCAAAAACUGAGAGUAUACCUUCACCAUAUGGUGAUAUGGAAUCAAUUAAAAUACUAAUCAGUUUGUUACAGUAUAGUUCAAAUCCAUAUACACUUGAAGCUGCAGCUGGAUCAUUACAGAAUUUAACAGCAGGGAAUGGAUAUUCAAGUGAAUACAUGCGAGAAAUUAUUCGCGUAAAUCAUGGGCUUCCACUGCUAGUAGAAUUAUUAAAUCAUCCAAUGCAUUGUGUUAUUUCAACAGUUGCUAACGCUCUGCGUAAUUCUGCGCUGGAUCCAAUAAGUUGUAACCUACUUGGUAGACAUGCACUGAAUCGUAUCAUAUAUACAUUAGAUCGACACCCCUGUGGAAUUGUCACAUGUACAACGUCAAAUCAGUAUACAUCACACCAUUUGAGUAAAUUAAAUCAAGUUAAUAAUAUUAACUCUGAAUGGCAAUUACCUAAAUCGAAAUCAUCAGAUCUAACUGAUAAAAUAUCUUUGCAUAAUCCUAAUUACUGUCAUUUCAUUGAUGAAGACAAGUUGAACACGAAGAAACUAUGUACAGCAAGUCUACUUAGUUUAUGCUGUAUUUUAAUACAUAAGAAAUUAGAACAUGCAAGACGUUUUGUUACAUUGGGAGGCGUAGAGAAGUGUCAAGAAUUAUUAAAUAUUUGCAUUAGUAAUGGUCAUAUAACAGAAUUUAAUUCUACUGAUCAAACAAUCAACGAAGAUAAGGGAACUCAAGUUGUCAUUAAGCUUAUUCGUCAGUUACUAUUUAUGCUAUGGGAAUUUUCAGAAUUACGACCAAUUUACAAGUUGGCUGGAUGGAAUGAAGCAGAUUUCUGUAUCCACAAACGUAGUCGUUUGGCAAGUCUUGUGAGACGUCGUUCAAAGAGAACAGAACUACCAAGACGACGAGUGAAUUCUAGCUUAAGACAGUAUACCAGUGGAAUGUCUAGUGAUAAUAAUGAUAACAAAAGAGAUCUGUUCAUUAAUCCAAAUAGAGUUAAUCCUAAUCAAGUUAUAUCCGAUGAUUUUACAAGUCGAUGUGAAGAUUUAAGUGAAUCUUUAUAUAGUUUACAUGGACAACCAUCAUCUUACCAUAUUCCAGCUCAAUCAUUUGCACAUGAAACUCGUAAUACCGAUGAGUUGGAUACCUAUCAGCAAGGAAAGUCAUAUGGUAUAUAUAUACCAGAAGGUGAAAUCAAUGAAAAUCCAAGAGAUCAUCAAAAUGAUUUCCAGGAUGAUUGGAGAUUUCGAUCAGAUUUUGAUAAACAACUUGAACAGAGACGUUUAUUUCAACGUAUCAAUGAAAUGGGUAAUAAUUAUUCGAAUACCCUAGAACAGAAUGCUCCAGAUAGCUGGGUAUAAUUUGCACAUAUAUGUGUUUUACUUAUUGAAAUCAGUCAUAUUUUCAAGGAAUGAAAACUGGCAUAAAUAUAAUACAUAACCAAAAAUAUAUCAUCUAUUUAAAUACUCUUAUUAUUCUAUUUUCUGUUUUUGUACAAGUGUAAAUAUACAGGAUUUUCGCAUUCAAUUCAUGCACGAGUAAAAAAAAAUCUGAUUUUCAAGACUUACAACUAGUCAUGACUCAAUACGAGGCUUUACAAUAAAUCAAUAAUGGAAUGCUUAAAUACGUUCAUACUGUAAUUCUUGUUAUUUUGAAAUGUGUAAAUAUAUUCAUACUUCAAAG